AUGUCGCAAUUGGACAAGAACCCAAGCGGGGCCCCGAGAUGGGUUGCCGAGCUACAGUCACCCGUGACGCCCCGAACAAAAAGCGGAAACAUUGCUGACCCCCCGGGAUUCCCGUCACAAUCUGGCGGCAACUCCAAGAAACGCGAUGCCGCGGCCAAGGAUGGCAGCAAACCAGCGACUACGCAGACCCCGGAGGAGAUGGACACGCUCAAGGUGAAGAAGGCGUGGGAGGUGGCGCUGGCGCCGAUAAAGAGCCUGCCGAUGACCUUCUUCAUGAUGUACAUGUCGGGCAACUCGCUGCAGAUCUUCACCAUCAUGACGGUCUUCAUGGCGUUCAAGAACCCCAUCGUCGGCGUCCUCGGCACCGCACAGGCCUUUGAGCGCUUCGAGACCGAGUCGAACCGCGCCCAGAUGCUGCAGGUAAAGCUGGCGUAUGUGGCGAUGCAGAUUGCGGCGCUGGGUUUGGCUCUGUGGAAGGUCAAUGCGAUGGGGCUGUUGCCGACGACGAGAUCGGACUGGCUGGCUUGGGAGGCUCAGAGAGAGCCGCUGGAAUAUGCGCUUCCUGCAUUAUGA